AUGUUCACUCCGGGCGCCACCACGUCGGGUUUGAGGAUCUCCAGGGUAAGCAGGUUGGGCCCCCGGGAGGAGAACGCCGCCACCACCGGCGAUGGCCGGACACCCACCCUCGUCCCGGAGAAGGCCAUGGUCGCCUUGGGACGAGGGCUAGUCUUGAGGUACUGCUUGAUGGCCUUCCCUGCGGCCUGCCCCACCGCGACAGCCGGCAGGAGGUGGCUGUCCGCCACCAGCUCCUCGCCGUUGGCGGCGGUGUUGGCGAGGAUCAUCCCCAGCCCACCGGCCUGCUUCACCACCUGCCCCUUCUGCACCCUCGGGGUGAUGCCCCGGUCGCAGAGGACGAUCUUCCCAACGGCGAGCUUGGUGUCCAGCGUGCCCUCCAGGCAGAGUGACGCAGGAUCGGGGGAGCUGGCGUUGCCGCCGAAAUAG